CCAGCCAAUGGCAGCGCGUGUUUCUGAAAGAUCUCCAUAUAUGGCGAUGUUCUCGGCCGGCGAGGCGGGGGCCGGCACCCCCUGGGUAUAAAAGGGGCGGGGCUGGCGUUGGGACGGUCUCACUCAGCCGGCGGCAGCGGAUCUGGCAGUAGCAGCUCUUUUCUUCCCGUUCUCUUGAAAGCUCCCGCCUCCUUUCAGGUAGGUUUCAGCAGCCGUUUAUUCUGACGGAGGGGUGCUUCUCUUCCAACCCCCCCACCCUAAACCUUCCUUUAUAUUCCCUCUUCGCGCUUAGGUGAGAGAAAGGUGUAGGUGUUCCUAUAUUUCAUUUCCCUUAGGAGUAAAAAGCGCCUUAGAAUUCCUUCAGUUGGCUGCGGUUAAGGGCUUCUCUCGGUUCCUCUCCACCCCCCUCAAUCCCUCUUUUGUCUGGUCGUGCGUUAAGGCUCGACCAACUCCCGCCCCCCCCCCCCCCGCUUAUCUUGCGUCGGUUCCUUUGCAACGGUCUUGGUUGACGCGCGCGACCUUCUCGUGCCCGUAACGGCUUUUUGAAAGGGGGAGGAGGGGCUGUUGGCUCGGGAAGGGCACCGAGGGCGUGAUUGGUCGGCCUGAAACUUUGACGUAAUGGAGCGGGAAACGAGAACCUUGGUUUCUUGCUGCGCGCGGCGCCCCCUCCCCUCCCCCACUUUUUCCGCAUAGAAAAUUUACUCUGGGCGUGGGGAGGUGGGGGAAGGUGGUUGAAGCUGGAAGGGGAAAGAUGGGAGCGUCUGAAAAGGGCUUUUUCUUUUAACUUCGCCGGGGUUUGUGGCGGGGGGGUGGGGCGUUGGUUGGGGUGGGGGCUGGUUCCUGCAAAAGGCACCCUCACUCCGGCUGUGAAAGGAGGGUGGGUUCUCGAAGAGGGCGGGGUUAGGGCUGCGCAGGACGUCGUGAAGGGUGGAGCCCGGUGCGUCGUGUCUUUGGGGUGGCUCGGUUUGCCUCGGAAUAGAGUGGGCUGCAGGGAUAUGGCUUCCUGUCCGUGACUGCAACACUGGAAUUUGCUUCUGAGUAGAUGCGCAGAGGACUUGAGUGCAUGAGCAAUUUUGUGGCCUGGUUUGGCUCGGCUCCCGUUAAAUGUUCAACGGAGUCUUCAUGGGAAUAGUGUAGUUGGCUAAAAUGAGUUAUUCUAUCUAGAAGUUGGGCUGAUGCCAGUGGUGAAUCCCUGAAGGGUUAAUGUGCAUACACCCUGCUCAAACGCCUUUUCUUCUGUUUCUGACUUGGUAUAUUUCGUUUUGAAAUUAGCUAAGGUGUUAAGCCAAACUUUACAGUGGUUUCAGGGAAGACUAUCCAUAGUAGUACUGCAUUCAGAAAGUGAGCAUAGGUGGGGGGGCAUGAGAGGAAGAAUUCUAGGGCAUUGUACAUAUAUGUAGUUAACUAGAGAAUAUACCCUGUUCAACUCAGCCCUGUUCAGUAUGCCCUGGUCAGCUUUACUUUUGAGUAGAAAUGUGUAAGAUGGUGGUGUUAAUGUUAGGUUGUUAUGGCUAUGGGAUGGGUGUAUAUAUAUGCAUUUAGCUGGUCUACAGAGUAAGGAAAAUGAAGUAAAAAGCUCUGGACCAUGGUUAAAAUAUAGACAAGAGGGUGGGGUUUCUAGUCUGGAUGGUAGGUUGGCAGAGCAGCCUCUAGUGGCCAAAAUCUGUAGUGUUUGAAGGGCGUCCAUUGAUGAUGCCAAAAUGCAGCACUAUAUUUUUCAAUGUUGCUUAAUAAAUGCUUUCUUUUUGUGAAAAGCAGAUCUCCAAAAUGGAAGAAGAAAUUGCAGCGCUUGUCAUUGACAAUGGUUCCGGUAUGUGCAAAGCAGGCUUUGCUGGAGAUGAUGCUCCUCGUGCUGUGUUCCCCUCAAUUGUUGGGCGCCCACGCCACCAGGUAAACAUCAAAGCAGGAGAUCUAUUUGUUUUGUGUUUUAACAUGAGAUGGUUUAUUUUUGUAUUUGCUGAUUGUUUAUUUCUCUUAAUAGGGUGUCAUGGUUGGUAUGGGCCAAAAAGAUAGCUAUGUAGGUGAUGAAGCUCAAAGCAAGAGAGGUAUCUUGACUCUGAAGUACCCUAUUGAACACGGCAUUGUUACCAACUGGGAUGAUAUGGAGAAAAUAUGGCAUCACACUUUCUACAAUGAGCUUCGUGUUGCGCCAGAGGAACACCCUGUUUUGCUUACAGAAGCUCCUUUGAAUCCCAAGGCCAACAGAGAGAAGAUGACACAGGUACAGCAUUGGUGCAGCUUUUACAUCUUGCCACUUUUUCCCAUUUCACCACCCCUUUUCUUUAAGUUACAAUUUCUCUUCUCUCAUUAUUUUCAGGGUUCUGUACUCUCCUGGCAUUUCCUUCCUUGAAGUCUCUCAGGUUUCUGUUGUAUUUCUACCUGAUUUUCUUUUGGUUUUUCUCCCCUACAUCCAAUACCUUGCAUGUCAGCAUGUGUGUGUGUUAACUACUAAAGUGGUCCCUUAUUAAGACAACAUUCUUUUCUCUUUAUUUAGAUCAUGUUUGAGACCUUCAACACUCCUGCCAUGUAUGUGGCUAUCCAGGCUGUGCUGUCCCUGUAUGCCUCUGGUCGUACCACUGGUAUUGUAAUGGACUCUGGAGAUGGUGUCACACACACUGUGCCCAUCUAUGAGGGCUAUGCCCUUCCUCAUGCCAUCCUGCGACUUGAUUUGGCUGGCCGUGACCUCACAGACUACCUCAUGAAGAUUCUGACAGAGAGAGGCUACAGCUUCACCACCACAGCUGAAAGGGAAAUUGUGCGUGACAUAAAGGAGAAGUUAUGCUAUGUUGCCUUGGACUUCGAGCAGGAGAUGGCCACAGCUGCUUCCUCUUCCUCUCUGGAGAAGAGCUAUGAAUUGCCUGAUGGUCAAGUGAUCACCAUUGGAAAUGAGAGGUUCAGGUGUCCAGAGGCCCUCUUCCAACCAUCUUUCCUUGGUAAGCAUUUAGUGGCAAUGGUAACAAGACAAAUUACAUGUACCAUGCUCUAAAUCCUAGGAAGUAAGUCUGUGUAUUAGUUGCAUGUUCAGCAUACUUAAGGAAUUUUUUUUCUUUUAAGGUAUGGAGUCAUGCGGCAUUCAUGAGACCACUUUCAACUCUAUCAUGAAGUGUGAUGUUGAUAUCCGAAAGGACCUGUAUGCCAACACAGUAUUGUCUGGUGGUACCACAAUGUAUCCUGGAAUUGCAGACAGAAUGCAGAAGGAGAUCACAGCAUUGGCGCCCAGCACAAUGAAGAUCAAGGUAAGGGUGGCUUACAUCACAACUUGGUAGUGUAAUAAAGCAGUUGACUCUUAGGAAGAUAGCUGAUCCAUAAAUCUUUUCUUUUUAAAACAGGGCUGAUAGCAAGAAAGUAAAAAGUUAAAUGCAUGUAUAGUCAGAUCUUUUCUAACUUUAACAUGUUUUCUUCCAGAUCAUUGCUCCCCCUGAGCGCAAAUACUCUGUCUGGAUUGGUGGAUCCAUCCUUGCAUCCCUGUCUACUUUCCAGCAGAUGUGGAUCAGCAAGCAGGAGUAUGACGAGUCUGGCCCAUCCAUUGUCCAUCGUAAAUGCUUCUAAAUGGACUAUUGACAGAUGCGCAGCAUUUGCUGCAUGAGUUUUUCACCAGUAUAAAUUUGCCUGAGCAAAUAUAUACACCUCAUGCUAGCCUCAUGAAACUGGAAUAAGCCUUCUCUUCACAACAUUGUCAUUGGGAAGCCUGUCUCCAAUAAUCCUGUGAGGAUGUCUACCUGUUGCUGAUAUGACCCUGUACUCAAGUUAACUGUUCCCUUUGUACAUAGCAGUAUAACUACCCUAUACACAUCUGGCCCAGGACCUAGAACAGGAGGCAUUCAUACAAUACAAAGGUUUAACUUGUGUCUGUAACUAUUUGGGACAGUGGUCUCAGUGUAACCAGCAAUGUUACAAUGGAGUUUUGAGGCUAGAUCUGUACAGGGUAGCAAAAGAUCAGACUUCCACUACACAAAGCGCUAAGAAUUCCAGGUCACUAUUGUUGAGGCUGGCAAGAGUUUGUGAAAAGGAUGGCCAUUUUUGUCUUGCCACUGUUACUAGCGGGGUUGGAAACAUAUCGCAUCCAAGCCUUAUGAACCUGUUUUUUCCUUGCCCACCUGUAUCCCAACAAGACAACCCAGGGCAAAGUUGCUCAACUUCAGUUGCUCCAAUGUUUGCAUUGACACCUGUAAAUUUAAUCAUCAGGUUUAAUUUAUGUAAGAUUUUUGUAUGUUGCCUUAAUGUUGUCAUAUGACAGUAGAAAACCAAAAUUUGUAAGUCAUCCUGAAGUUGAGAAUUGUAAUGCCCAACACAUCAUUGUGAAAGGAAAAUAAAGCGCUGCAGUAAAUGAAAUGGGCUUAAUGUUGUCUAAUGGAAAGUUAUUUAACAUACUUUUGCUUUUGGAAGCCUUUCUAGACAGGGCAGUGAAAAUUAUGACCUAGCUCUGGCUUAAUGUAGUUUCUGUUCAGUCUGAUCAGGUUGACCACAAGCUCUGUAAUAAGUGCUAAACUUAAUAUGCUGCCAAAUAGCUUCCAAACAUUGCUUUAGUGAACAUGACCAGACCUUAGCCAUGUGGGAUAUUAAUACAAAUGUAUGCACUGUAGCAAAUGCUAAACAAAUGGCAUUAUUUUAACUCUGAUUUCAGAGUUUUCUUAAUUCAGUGUUAUUGAAAUGAUUUAAUUGGGCAGACCAGGUUAUUGUGCAGGUAGAUCACAACUUGCUGUUGUGAUAGCUUGCCUAAGUGUGCAAAAGAUACUGAUUUUAGGACAGGAUUACGAGGUAGAAUCACUUGGAAGCAAUGAAAAAAUUACAUCCAAGCUGCAUUUUUGGGGUUAUUCAAGAAUGUACUUCACCUCGUUUUGUAGCUAUGGGUUAGCUUGGUUUACAUUUUUCUAAAUUUAAACUGACAGUUAAAAUAUGUUUAUGCAGCACUUCAGAAGUGUUUGAGUAGGACUGGGAUGUCUAGGAUAACCUGUUGGAGUAGCAUACUGUUGGUAGCAUUAAAGGUUUUCAAAACAUAAUUUCAGCUUUGCAAAAGGCUAUGUGAAAUACCACAAUGAUGACUUUGUAAAUCUUCCCUCACUACCAUCAAAUCACAUUUUCCACCAAGGGGGAGGCAAAUGAAGUGUCCCAUUUUCUUUUGUGUAUCUUUGUGUCUUACAAGAUUUCACUAGGAAUCUGUCCCUUUUAAUAAAUAGUCAUAAGAACAAGCAUACCUAUACAUGUGUAUUGGGGUGGUACAUAAGGCAAUCACUAGAUACACUGAGAGCAUUAGUAAUUGAGGGAACAGCUAUGAAAUUCCCAGGGAGGUACAUUUUGAAUUGCAGAUGAAUCUGCACAAUACCAUAAAACGUGAUUCAAUAUUUUGUUGGUUACACUAGAUUUGUGUUUCAGGUUAAAAUAUUGUAGGAAGGGAAAAACUUACUACAAUGUGUUUUAGUCUUCGUAAUACUGCAAGACUUUAAAUACUAAGAAUUUAGAUUACUAAAUCUAUUUGAGAUCUGGGAGCAAACUGAAAAUGAGUACAGUAAGCUUGCAACUUGUGUGCAUUCAGAUUUACUUGUUUUGCAAUAGAAAAUAAAAAUUUGAAAGGGAUGGGCACCCAGGAAAAGAGACUUUGGCAAUCUCACCCACCGUUGCUCCCAAUAUGUGAUUGGCCUAGGCAGGAUCCAUGGGAUUUAAACUUGUAAGCUUUGUUCUUUGACAGAAUGCUUAACUUGGGG